AUGGCGACGGUCAACAAUCGUUUCAUAUUAUUAUUGUUGAUAUCAAUUAUAAUCAUCUUUAUCAACUUUAAUAUUGUACAAUCAACAUCAAUAUCAGCAGUAGCAACAACAAUAACAACAGACACCAGUAAUAAUAGUAAUAAUAGUAAUAGUAAAUAUAAAUCAUUAAAGGAUGGUAUCACACCACCAAUAACAACAACAACAAUAACAAGUUCAGUUGAUAGUUCAAGCUAUGAAUUUUCAUAUAGUGAAAAUGACUCGUCGGGGGGUACGGAGUCGAAUUGUGGGCCUAUAGAUCCUUCACAGUAUGCCUUGUUAAUAGGAGGUGAUUUAGAGCGUGCAAGCUUUAGAUACGGCUUUAACCUAAACACGUCUGUCAAUGUGUUGACUCGCUACACGCCUAUCAUGUCGAUGGAAGAGAUGGACGAUGUGCCCUAUGAAGGCGAAUCAUUUGCCACAUUCACAAACACGUCGAGUGUGUUGGGGUCUCUUCCAGUACUCUUUCCCAACUUUAUUGGCAAUACCACUCACCCACCCGAAAAUGAUCCCUAUGGUGCAUUGUAUCUCAACUUUAACUUUCGUGUGCGCGGUGGUGACACGUUUAGCAACCCAAACUCACCAAACAACGCCUAUAUAUCAAUCACCCUCAACAACCAAGAAAUAGAUCGUCUCCGAACAAACUCGACACCUCCUGCACCCUAUUACGACUAUUCCUACCAUCCCUAUCGUAUCAACGUUACACAAUUUGCAAAUGGAACCUAUUAUAAUCUAACAUUUCAAUAUGUUCAACCCUCUUCUCCAACUCCAUCUCCAUCCUCCUUUCCAACAAAUGACCAAAGUAACAGUCAAAGUGACAGUAAUAGUGACUCUAGUAGUAGUAGCAGUGGUAGUAGUAGUUCAAGUCAAAGUAGUUCAAGUGAUGAACCAAAUCAAGUCAUUUUUAUAAUCGAUUAUAUUACAUUUAUAUCACAACCUUUGGUUUUAAUUGAAAAUGAUAUUUAUAUAUCAAUUAAUGGUAGUGAUAAAGUUGGAAAUGGUACAAUGACAAACCCAUAUUGUUCAUUGACAAGAGCAAUAGAUAUGAUUGGAUCUGGAUAUAAGAUUUACUUGUUAUCCAAUUUCUCGUAUGCGGAUCAUCUUCCCUAUGCACCCUAUCAAUACGACACACAAGGAAAGAAUAUGACCAUUACAACUGGUGGUUGGUUUGGCAUUUGUCAAACCCAAUCUCGGUCAAGGCUACAUAUGGACCGUUGCGUCUGGGUCGGGUCUGACAUUGGACAGCAUCAUGCAGGAGAAGUCGUAUUAUGGAGGUAUUGGGGAGACGGGAGGUCUUGUGCUGACAUCGAUGUUGUACUCGACGGUGGCGGUGCUGGACUCGUCGUUUUUCGAGAAUGCUGGCUCGCCAUUGUUGGCGUUGCGUGGCAACACCUAUGUCAACAACUCCAAGUUUCUCAACAACCAGGGCGUACUCUUGUCGAUGGCGUCGACGGUCGCCAACCUGGUGAUGAACAACUCGUUGGUCUACGAGUCGUACGGGUUCUCGCAGUCGGCGACGUUCAACAACAUCUCGGUCAUCAACACCGAGUUUAUGAACGUCUCAUUCAUGUACAACACGGGACCGCUGAUCGAAGCAUCCACCAUCGAGCUGACGAUGGAGAAUGUGAUAGUCACCAAGCUAGCUGGCAGUAUCGCGGCCUUGACGCUGUCAUUGUGCUCGGUGACGAUGAUCAACGUCACGUACGACCAGAACCAGGCGCCGUUCGUCGACGCCACGUCCACGUCGAUCGUUCUUCUCAACUCGACCUUCUCUGCCAACUACAACCUCAAGAACCAGGAGCUGGUGCUCAUCUCGAUCGACUAUGGCGUGCUACCCGACUCGGUCUACAGCACGUCGGUGCUGUCCACGCUCACCUUCUACAACAACUGCAACUUUAUCCUGAUCCAGAUCUCUAA